AUGGGGUCAGGAAUGGGGUCAGGAAUGGGGUCAGGGGUCCCGACCCCGCUGCUGCUCCUGGUGCUCUCCGUGCUCCAUCCCACAGUGGGGCAGCUCCGGGAGCCGCUGCUGCUGCUGGAGGGGCCGGGGCCGGGCGGGCUCCGCCUGCGCUGCGUCCCGGAGCCGCCUCUGCCGGGGCUGCGGCUGCUCUGGAGCUCCGGGAAUAAUCCCGGGAAUAAUUCCGGGAAUUCCGGGAAUAAUUCCGGGAAUAAUUCCGGGGAUAUUUCCGGGAAUUCCGGGGAUAUUUCCGGGAAUAAUUCCGGGAUCUCGCUGCUGCUGCCCCGCCCGAGCUCCGGUGCCGCCGGCGCCGUUUGCCGCGCACUGGCUCCGGGAUCGGCCGCCGAGUCCGCCGUGGUCAUCGCCGACCUUUUCUUCCCAUCCUCGUCCCCGUGGCUCCCGGCCUUCGUCCUCCUCCUCAUCCUCGCCCUGGGCCUGGUUCUGGUCUCCGCCCUUCGGCUGCGCCGUGACCGCCGGAUUCUGGCUCAGGAACGGAAAUCCCAGCAGGAAAUCAGCGAGGAGAUGGAGGAGCUGAGGAUGGAGCUGGGGCAGAUCCAGGCCCAGCUCGAUUUCCGACGGGCUCAGAGCCACGCAGUCUCGCUGACGCUGGACGAGAGCUGCACCCACCCGGCCCUGCUGAUCCGGGGCCGAUCCCGAAUCCUCGGCCCCGAUCCCGGAUCCCGAAUCCCCGGCCCCGGAUCCCGGCCCCUGGCCGUGGCUCGGGAGGGAUUUUCCUGCGGGAAGCACUACUGGGAAGUGGAGCUGGGAGACAGCAGCGACUGGGAAGUGGGCGUGCUCCGGGAUUCCGUCCGCGAUUCCAUCCGGGAUUCCAUCCGGGAUUUCCCCGAGGGAGCGGCCGCAGCCCUGGGUUAUUCCGGGGGUGAGUUCCGGCUGCGGGCCGGGCGCCUGGAGCGGCGCCGCGGGCGCUGCCGCGUGCUGGGCCUGCUGCUGGACCACGAGCGGCGCCUGCUGCAGUUCUUCGACGCCGAGGAGAAGCAGCUGCUGGGAUCCACCCCCCUGAGGAUCCCCGGGAUUCUCUUCCCCUUCUUCAGGCCGGGAUCUGGCGGGAACGGGCUGGGGAUCCGCCCCGUGAGGGCUUGAAACAGAGCUGGGGAAUGUUCGUGGUUAAAAAUGAAAUUUAGACUUGUGUAUUCAAAUUAUUCUCGUUUUAAAAUUCCAAUUAUACCCUAGAACAAAGCCUUUGAAAUGUUUGCAUAUGAAAAUGAAAUUCGCUGUUAAAUAUUCCAAUAAUUCUCCAUUAGUUAUUUCAAAUAUUCACUGGUGCUGAGCCUAACACAAACCCAAAACCCAACCCUAACCCUGACAUUUAUAUAUUCAAAUUAUUCUCAUUUUAAAAUUCCACUUAUACCCUAGGCCAAAACGUUUGAAAUAUUCACAUUUAAAAAUUAAAUUCCCUGAUAAAUAUUCAAAUAAUUCUCAUUUUAUUAUUUCAAAUAUUCACUGACACUCACCCCAAGCCUAAACCUAACUCUAACCCUAAUCCUUACCCAAAACCAAAUUAGAAUUUAAAGUUUCAAAUGAUUCCUAUUUUAAUGUUACAAUUAUAACCAAAACCUGACCUUAAUCCUAACCCUGACAUUUACAUAUUCAAAUUAUUCCCAUUUUAGAAUUCCAGUUAUACCCUAGGCCAAACCCUUUGAAAUAUUCACAUUUAAAAAUUAAAUCCCUGUUAAAUAUACAAAUUAUUCUCGUUUUAAUAUUCCAAAUAUUUUCAAACCGUAACCGUGUCCUUAACCCUAACCCAAAUUCCAAUAUGAAUAUUCAAAUUAUUCGCAUUUAAUAUUCCAAUUAUCCCCUAACCCUGACCCCGAUCCCAACCAAAACCCUAACCCUAAACCUAACCCAAAUUAAUAUUUAAAUAUUCAAAUUAUUUGCAUUUUCAUAUUCCAAAUAUUCCCUAACCCUCACCCUCACCCUAUUUGCUUGAAAAAAUAAUUUUAAAAUUAUGAUAUAAAAUAUAAUAUUACAU